AUGGCUCUGGCGGCGGGGCCGUGGCCGGAGCCUCCUCUUCCUCCUCCUCCUCCUCCUCCUCCUCCCCCAGCCGCCGGGGGCCCGAAGGCAGCGGGGGAUUGUCUGGUGUGCGGGGACAAGGCGAGCGGGAAGCACUACGGACAAUUCACCUGCGAGGGCUGCAAAAGCUUCUUCAAGCGGUCGGUGCGGCGGAAUCUGUCCUACAGCUGCCGGGGGGGCCGGGACUGCCCCGUGGACCAACCGCACCGCAACCAGUGUCAGUACUGUCGGCUCCGAAAGUGCCUCCGCGUGGGGAUGCGGCGGGAAGCCGUGCAGCGAGGCCGCAUGGCCCCGGCCCCGAGCAGCCCCGGCCAGUACACCCUGACCCCCGGGGACCCCUACGGCAGCCACGGCUGCUUGAGCAGCUUCAUCUCCUCGCUGCUCCGUGCCGAGCCCUACCUGCCGGCUCGCUACGGCGCCCAGAGCCUGCAGCCCGGUGGCGUGCUGGGCGUGGAGGGCAUCUGCGAGCUGGCCGCUCGCCUCCUCUUCAGCGCCGUGGAAUGGGCCAAGGGAAUCCCGUUCUUCCCGGACUUGCAGCUUUCGGACCAAGUGGCUUUGCUGCGCUUGGGCUGGAGCGAGCUGUUCGUGCUGAACGCGGCGCAGUCGGCGCUGCCCUUCCACGCCGCCCCGCUCCUGGCAGCCGCCGGGCUCCACGCCGCCCCCGGGGCCGCCGAGCGCGUCGGCGCCUUCAUGGGCCACGUCCAGCUCUUCCAGGAGCAGGUGCAGAAGCUGAAGGCGCUGCGGGUCGAUGCCGCCGAAUUCGCCUGUCUCAAGGCCCUGGCGCUCUUCUCCCCGGACGCGGCCGGGCUGUCGGACCCGGGGCAAGUGGCCGAUGUGCAGGAGAAGUCUCAGUGUGCGCUGGAGGAACACGUCCGGCGGCAGCACCCGCGCCAGCCCAGCCGCUUCGGCCGCCUGCUCCUGCGCCUGCCCGCCCUGCGCAGCGUCUCCGCCCCCGGCAUCCAGCAGCUCUUCUUCAGCGGCCUGGUCGGCAAGACCCCCAUCGAGACCCUCAUCCGAGACAUGCUGCUCGCCGGCGCUGCCCUCAACUGGCCCUACGGCUCCAUGCAGUGACAGCCCGGCCCGGGACCGGACCCCGAGGAGACCGUGAAGGUGGGGGACACCGAGGAAAGCAGAGGGAGGACACCGAGGUUGGGAGAUCGACGAUGAGGGCACAAAGAGAGAGGCCCCAAGAAUGGGACCUCGAUGAUGGGACACUAAAGAUAGGGACAUGAAGGAUGGGAACACUGAGGCUGGGGCCCCAAAGGAUUGAACUCCAACAAGGGGACCCCUCCUUCCCCCCAAGGAAGAGACCCCACGAAUUGGUCCUCAAGGAUGAGACCAGGGAUGAAGGACCCCAAUGGUUGGGGACUCCAAGGAUGAGACCUGAGGACAGAAAUGGGGGUUAGGGAGGUGAAUUUCCUUCCCUAUUUAAGGCAGAAAAGAGAGUUUUUGAGGGACUAAACCACACCCACUGCCCGGGGCACUAUUGAUAAAGAGAAAAUAAAAUAAACUAAAUAAUAUGAAGUAAAUUAAAU